AUGGGGCAUUAUGCAGUACUGAAAUUAUAUGAUCUUCAUGAGUCAGACUUGCUCUCAUUAACCAAGAUGAAGUUUAAGCAAGUUGACGUUUUUACCAACAAAAAGUACUUUGGCAACCCCGUUGCGGUCUUUUUCGAUGCCGACAACUUGAAUCUGGACCAAAUGCAGACAAUUGCCCGGUGGACCAAUUUAUCCGAGACAACAUUUAUUUUGAAACCAACCGAAAAAAGUGCUGAUUACAACGUGAGAAUCUUCACACCAACCAGCGAACUUCCGUUUGCCGGACACCCCACGCUCGGAACUUGCUUUGCGUUACUUGAAGGUGGACUUAUUAAGCCGCACGAUGGUCGGAUUGUGCAACAAUGCGGAGCUGGAUUAGUGGAAAUCACUAUUGACGAGUGUGAAACCUUAGCGGAAUCGAAGCUCUGGCUCAAGUUGCCGUACCAUAAAGUAAGCCCGGUAGGAGACGAAGAAAUUGCCGAUCUCAAGCGGGUUUUGCAAAUUGACACUUUUGUCGAAGAGCCCAUUUCGGUGGAUGAUGGACCCAAAUGGCUCACUCUACAAUUGCAAGAUGGUGAGCAGGUCAAGAAAGUCAGGCCAGAUAUGGCGGAACUUUCAAAAAUUUCGGAAAAAUACGGCUGGACUGGGGUGGGCAUUUUUGGAUGGUACCAAGAUGGACAAUUGGAACUUCGCAAUUUGGCACCUUUUUAUGGAGUACCGGAGGAUCCAGCAUGUGGAAGUGGUUCUGGUGCUGUGGGCACUUUUUUGGCACAUUAUUCCGGUCCCAAAACUGCAACGGUGCAACAAGGCGGAUGCAUUGGUCGCGAUGCGAGAAUCUCGGUCCGAGUGUCCGAAACAGGCGACUCCGCAUUUGACGUAUUUGUCGGUGGACAUGCGGUCACGUGCAUAUCGGGAGAUUAUUCACUGUAA